GUACACAGGCGAGACACGUCACUGUGGAGGACAAGGAACAUGAUUAGAUAUGUGUUGAUAUUUGAGCUUUGAGAGGUUGGGCUUUUGAAGAGAUGAUCAAAUGGGAAGCGAGCAUCACCGUGGGCUGAACUAGACUAGAUCCGACAGGCGGCAGCUGGUUGUUUGGCUGCGGUAACUAACAUGCUGCAGCUGGGGGAUGAAGUGACCUUUUACUCGGUCAUAUUCGUGGUGGUCCUUCUGGGGAGUCGGAGCGCGGUGUGGACCUCAGCCCUCACCGUGUCCGUCUACGUGUUUGUGGCUGUCUUUAGGUUCCCUCAGGUGCCUGCAGACAGGGCUAGGCAGGUUUUGCACCCUCCCAGGGGCGGUUAUGGGACGGGCAAACUGUCAGCCAUCGCUCAUCGGGGUGGAGGACACGACGCACCAGAGAACACCAUAGCAGCGAUAAGAGAGGCCAGUAAGAAUGGUGCGACAGGGGUGGAGUUGGACUUGGAGUUUUCGGCUGAUGGUGUCCCGAUCCUGAUGCAUGACGACACCGUGGACCGAACCACCAACGGGACAGGUCCACUCGCAAAGAACAGCUUCUCUGAUCUAAGGAAGCUGGAUGCUGCCGCUAAACAUAGACUCAGGAACAAGUUUUCUGGAGAGAAGAUCCCGACACUUGAGGAAGCUGUUGAAGAGUGCAUCAGACUUCAGCUCACCAUUUACUUUGAUGUUAAAGGUCACCCUUAUGAGGCUGCUGCUGCUCUAAAGGCAUUAUACAAGAAUUACCCAGUCCUCUACAACAACAGCAUCGUCUGCUCCUUUGAGCCCAAAGCUAUCUACAGGAUGAGGCAGAGUGAUCCUGGGGUAGUCACCGCUCUGACACACCGACCAUGGAGCCUGAGUCGCUAUGGAGACGGGGCACCACGGUUCUCGUCUCUAUGGAAACACUACUGGAUGACCCUGAUGGACGUGAUGUUGGACUGGGCGCACCAUCACGUGCUGUGGAGGUUUUGUGGUGUCUCCGCUUUCCUUAUUCAAAAGAACAUGGUAUCAGCGGACUAUGUACAGUACUGGGCCCACAGAGGGGUGGAGGUGGUGGCUUGGACAGUCAACACCAAAGUGGAGAAGGAGUAUUACCAAGAGUUUCUUAAGGUCAACUACAUCACAGACAGUCUGCUGGAGGACUGUGAACCGCACUUCUGAUCACUGAACAAUAUUAUAACUUCUUUAAAUGCAGAUUUUACAUUUGAUCAGGCAAAAGCUACGGACACUGUUUAAGUACAAUAUGUGUUUACUUACAGGGUGACAUUUAAGGUUAUUCUCAUUAUUUGUACAAAGACACUUAUCUGUAUGCAUAGAAAAUAAGCAUGCACCAAUGUAAUGUACUGUAACUUCCAACUCAGGACUGCAAUAUCUGUGCAACUGUGAAUUACUUCUUUUAAAGGUCCACUUAGAUUUUCUAGUCCUAAAGAUUCUGAAACAACUAUAGCAAUACUGCAUUUUAUAAAUGAACACUUCAUAUUGUAACUUAAGUAAAUAUACUUUUAAUUGUUUAGUUAUGUGUAUUAUGCAUCAUAUAAUAUAUAAUUAUGGUAAUUAUAGUAAAAUCUCAUACUCUUAAAUUAAAAAUAAUUUCAUUUAAUCAUAUUUAUAUCAUGAAUCCAACUACUGGCAGUGGAUUGUGGGCCCUUACACACGUCUCCUCUAAAACGAAUUACAAGUGACUCAGUUAACGCAAAGCCUGUUACGUGUGCAGUUUGCCAUUGUUGUUGACCUAUAUCGUACAGUUGAAUGGGGGUAAUCAGGAAGUGUAGUGGUGUUGGAUGUCACUGGGAUAAGCCUGUCUGAGCCGCUCCUGCAGACGCGCGCGCAGGUGUGUGCGUAAAGUGUCAAUAACUGACUGCGCUCUUCUUUGAUCAUUUAACUCAGUCCUGUUGCUCUUUACGAGAUGAUCUUUUGAUUUUCCCGCCGCUGUAAAUAGACUUAUCUGAGCGUUAGGUUUAAUAGGUGAAAGGUUGGAUGGGGCGUGCUGUGAGCGUCACUAAGGUCACGCUACACAAACCGGAAAUUGAAUCUACAAAAUAAAAGGUCUAAGCGU